AUGACUUCGGGCAUUCGGCUCUUCGACGAGGAGGCAUACCUCCUCAUGGCCAAGUGCUGGCAACAUUUGUCCGCUUACAGACCGACACUGGAAUGCACUCGAGGAAGGUGUGAGGAUGCGUCGCACUUUAGCAUCGUCGAGGCUGACGAGGUGGAGCCCAAAGUCAUAUGCCCUCAACAAGUUCCGCUGUUUGGUCGCGUGGUCGCAGAGCCUUGCGAGGGGCAAAACAUGCAGAGCCAAGAUGAGCCACGGAAAGCGCCGUUGCAUAUCGCACGGAAAGCAAAGUGUGAUGCAUCAGCUCCUCCGGCCAGCAUGCAAGCACAACCCACACGGCCAGAGUGCAGCGACAAGCCAAUCAGUGACGGCCGUCGCAGACCGCGCACGGUAGCAGAUCUGGCCAGAUUCUGCAAUGACUCUGACGGAUCUGGCGGCAUUGAGGGCAUGGAAGUCAUCAAGCGAGCCAGGAAGAAGUACGCCGAAUCACUGUCCCAGGCAAGUUCCUCACAGGUAUCGUCUGAGCCGCACAGGCACGAUGGUUGCACGGCACCACCUGACCUUCGCAAGCGAGCGGCUUUAGCAGACAUCAUCGAGGAGCUAAAGAUGGACCCGCUGGUGAAAAAGUUCUUUUCGCGGCCGGUCAACGUUGACAGGUAUCCAGAUUAUCUGGAUAAGAUCAAGCCGAACCAGCCGAUGGAUUUGGGCAGCGUGAUGUCCAACUUGGAUGCCAAUAGGUACAACGAUCUUGGCAAGUUUGUCAACGACGUCAACAUGGUGUGGGCAAAUGCUUUCAAGUACAACUCGGAGAACACACGUGCAUAUCAAGCAGCCCUUCGAGCACAGAAGCAAUUCUCUUCUAGGAUGCAAGGCUUGGAUCGGGACAGCCGGAGAUCACGGCGCUCCAGAACACCAGUACGCCAGUGA